CUUGAUUUAUUUAUUUAAAUUCAAAAGCAACCAAUUGGAAUAGCCGGAAGGGGGGUCUAAGUGCCCGAAGCGAGUUCUCUAGAGCUGUCAAUCUCGCCCGUACCAUCCAAUCAACGAGAGCCGUACACCCGACUUCCUUGCAUUUGGGGAAAAGACGUGGACGAUGUACGCAGCGCAGGGUAAACACUCGUGUGUCCUCGAGCUCUGAGGGAGGGACGGAGCUAACUGUCAGAGAGAGAGAGAGAGAGAGAGAGAGAGAGAGGGAGGGAGAGGAGAGAGAACAAGCGAAUGAGAAAGAAGGCAUGCAACACUGCUUUGCACUGUAAUACUGGAUUGUACUUCAACUGGAGCGGUUUGGCAGGUUUAAACACAUCAAAACAGAACAAAGAGACAGACUUUACAGCACCAUAAAAGAAUCUGCAAAAGAAAAGAAAUAAAGGAACGGAGCAAGUGAAAUCGCUGCGGCUAAAUAACAAAAGAAUUGAGGAAGAACCACGUUUAAUAUUUUUCCACUCGGUAACGGAACAUACGUUUGGACUUAUUAUUUUUUAAGGGCAACUUAUUCAAGCGCCAGAACUUUCUUGCGGGACAAAGUUUUUGAAACAAUUUUUAAUCUUUCUUUUUGUUUUUCUUUGCUUUUAAAUAGAAAGUAUAGAUUGAAGGACUGUUCGACUUUCGAGGGGUUUUCAACGCUGACAUAAAACUGGAAUUUAUCGUUUUCAUAUGUUCGAAAUAUAUGAAUGCACAAAAUAUUCAAGAGACGGAUUUCGUCUUCUCGCCUACAGUAUCGUUCUCUUUGCUUUUUGUUGAUGGUGUUUGCCAAAACACAAGCCAGACUUUUAAAGUUUGAAUAAUUCAUGAGAUAUAAUUUGCCUGCAUUAAAAAAGUUUCUGCAAAAGGGAGGGGGUGACCAGCGAACAUAUUCAUAAGGUUAGCGGAAUGGCCACAGCGGCUUCCAACCCUUAUCUACCCAGCAGUAGUAUAUUAUCGUCCGGCUCGAUCGUGCACUCGGACUCCGGGGGUGGGAUGCAGCAGGGCAGUGCUGCGGUAACCUCAGUGUCCGGUGGGUACAGAGGAGACCCAACGGUUAAAAUGGUACAAAGUGAUUUUAUGCAGGGCGCGAUGGCAGCGAGCAACGGGGGACACAUGCUGAGCCACGCUCACCAGUGGGUGACGUCCUUGCCUCACGCCGCAGCGGCGGCUGCAGCUGCCGCAGUUGCCGCAGCUGAAGCCGGAUCGCCGUGGUCGUCUAGUCCCGUUGGAAUGACAGGCAGCCCGCAACAGCAGCAGGACGUGAAAAAUAACUCGGGGAGAGACGAUUUGCACUCUGGGACUGCGCUGCAUCACAGGCCCCCACAUUUAGGUCCCCACCAGACUCACGCGGGCGCCUGGGGUAGCACAACCGCUGCCCACAUCCCGUCGCUAACCGGGAGCCAACAGCAGCAGCAGUCCCUCAUAUACUCGCAGCCCGGCGGCUUCACGGUGAACGGCAUGCUCAGUCCGCCGGGCAGCCAAAGCCUAGUACACCCGGGGCUGGUGCGUGGCGACACCCCGGAGCUCGAUCACAGCAGCCACCACCACCACCAUCACCACCAGCAUCAACAUCACCAGCAAGCACACCACGGAGUGAACAGCCACGACCCGCACUCCGACGAGGACACGCCGACGUCGGAUGACUUAGAGCACUUUGCCAAGCAGUUCAAACAGCGCCGGAUCAAGCUGGGCUUCACGCAAGCGGACGUGGGCUUGGCGUUGGGCACUCUGUACGGGAACGUCUUCUCGCAGACCACGAUCUGUCGCUUCGAAGCCCUCCAGCUCAGCUUUAAGAACAUGUGCAAGCUGAAGCCGUUGCUUAACAAAUGGCUGGAGGAAGCGGACUCUUCCACGGGCAGUCCCACCAGCAUCGACAAGAUCGCGGCUCAGGGCAGGAAGCGCAAGAAGCGCACCUCCAUCGAAGUGAGCGUCAAAGGUGCGUUGGAGAGUCACUUCUUGAAAUGUCCCAAGCCUUCGGCCCAAGAGAUAACCAGCCUAGCGGACAACCUGCAGCUGGAGAAAGAGGUGGUCAGAGUUUGGUUUUGCAACCGGAGACAGAAGGAGAAAAGGAUGACGCCCCCAGGAGUGCCGCAGACGCCGGAGGAUGUGUAUUCUCAGGUCGGCAAUGUGAGUGCAGAUACACCGCCCCCCUCCAUGGACUGCAAACGAAUGUUCAGUGAGACAUAGAACAGCAUACAAGACUAAAAAUAUUUUAUAUAUGACUAAUCUGAUAAAACACAGACUAUCAUGAAGAUAGCAAAGCAUUUUGAUACUGUGAUUGUGAGGGAAUAUUGAGACUGCAGAUGUGUUACUAUAUAUUUUUUUCACAAGAAAAAAAAAAUCACCCCUCUUCCUUCCCAACCCUAAACCGCCCGCUAAUCUUCUUCCAGGCCCUUAAAUGUCUUAACCUAAAAGGUUGUGUCUGCUCUUUCUUUCAGGGACAUUUUUUAGUAGAUUACUUAAAAGAUGCAAGUUUAACUGGGCCGAGCGAACCGGGCGACCAGAGGGUGACAACUACAAGUUCGUUCCACCAGGUAAUUUUGGCGCAUUAACUUCAACUGAAAAAUACAAGAAAUUAGAAAUGAACAACAAAAUCUUUGACCCCCCCUUCCCUGUUACACCAAUGUCUUGUUUGAGAGGCAAAAGACGCAGGCAAUUGUGUAUGUUGUUAUGGGACAUUAAACCUCAAACAAAGGGAUGAAAUUCAACCGAAACAAUGCGAAGAACAGUGGCAUCCACGAAGCUUCCAUCCAACUUGGCAGAGAAGACUGCAUGGUUUUGUUAUUAUCCAAAAAUAUGGAAUGGAUUUUUUUCUGGCCUUCCAAUCCUUACAAAAACAACAAAAGACUGCCCUCAGUUUCUGAUCUCCAAGAUCUUUUUGAAAUUGUUUUUUUUUUUUUUUUUUUUUUUUUAAAUGUAAAGACACUGAAUCUUACGUGGAUUUUGAGGACAAAAUGAAAUCAAAGAUGACUUUUGAAAAGACUGAUUAUUCCGCAGCUGCACCUCUUUGAAAAUCUUCUGCGCGAACAUCCGUUGCCAAGUGGGCCAGAGCUGGUGCUGUGGAUGUUUUCAUGUGCUGCCAUUUCCAAGCAGUAUUCUUUGGUAGGUUUUAAUAAACAAGACUAUGUAAAUCCGGCAAUAUAGAUGCAUUAGAUCAGAUGCUGAUCGGAAUUAUUUACUUAAUAUUUUUCAUUAAAAUGCUUUGUUUUAAUAUUUUAUUCGGGAUACAUACGAACUAUUCCAAACAGUUAUUUAUUUCCCCCCAGACUUGUGUAAAAUGUUUUCUCCCUGUUUUCGUUGUUGACCCUAUUUGUUUUGUUUCAUUUUGUAUUCUCAUUUUUAAAAAGAGCACAAAUCUACACGAGCUGACUUUGACAGUAGGUGAUAAGGGUAUAUUUUGAUGUGAUGAUUUGAUUGUAAUUUAAUUUCAGUAGUGAUUCCGUAAGAGAUGAUCGAGAACAAUAAAUUUGUUAGAAUGAAACAAGAUUGUGUGUUGUGCCUAAAAUCGUAGCUGUUUGUAAUUUUUUUAGUUUGCUCUCAGAGCAGUAUGCAUUUUAAAACGAUGACUGCUGAAUAUUGAAUAUGACAUGCAGAAUAGAAAACCUUUUUAUUUUUUACGCCAACAAAAUAGCGAUGUUUGCUUAAAAUACAACCGUCCUAUAAACAUAUGACACAAUGCAUUUUUCUCAAAAAAAUAAAUAAAUAAAUAAAAACAGGUCAGUGCAAUCGUUUAGGCCUCGAUGGGAAGCAUUAACGGCAGUUUAGCAUUUCUAGAACUUUUAGCAUUUUAGCAUGAGCUUUUUAGCAAACCAGCAAAAGUGUCACCGCUGUAAAUUACUUCAGUGUACAUCCAUUUUGUUAGCAGGAUGAAAUGUGUCUCUGUGACAAGGAAUGGAGAUAGCAACGUUCAGUAAAUCUCACGAGAGAAAGCCAGGAAAAGUUGAUCGCUUUUGGAGGUGGAGUGUUUACAGUGUCACGCGCUUUACCUGCUUUUACGUUCACGCCAGCUGUCAAAUCCACAUGCCUUAUCAGCCCGAUACAUAUUGGACAUAUUUUUAUUCAAUGUUACAUGGUCUGCUUUAUUGCAACUGCCGAAUUCAAACACAAUCUAUCUAUCUAUCUAUCUAUCUAUCUAUAUUCAAAUAUUCCUGUAACAAUAUUCCAAAACACGUGUUUACAGACUUGCAUAUAGGCCUAUGCAUAUAUUUUGUAUUGUAUUGCAUUCGAUCAGGCGAGGUGUUUAUAGCUGAAGUGUAUUUAUUUUAUAAUGUUGUCAGCAUUUCUCCAUUUCUCUCUUAAUUUCGCGCUUGCUGCAUGCAUUGUGUGAUGACCUAAAUAUGGAAUUUUAUUAUUAGGCCUGUUGUUGUUUUUAUUAUUAGCCUAUUAUUAUUAUUAUUUCCCGGGUGUCGCAAACACCAGCUUUUGCUUGUUAAAAUAAACCAGAAUGCUUGAUUGCAGACUAACAAAUAUAGGCCUGAAUAUAAUUCAUGUCGUAAACUUUAGUCGGUGUAAACCUGUCAUAAACUGACUUUAUGUUAUACCUAACAUUAUUCAUGUAAGUCAAAUAUUGGAGAUGAAAUUAUCCCGAGCUAGGCCUCAUAAAUAAAACGGACGAAGUGUUUUCUUAAGCGGGCGAAAACGACAGUGUGAUCGCUUCAACUUUUUCUUAGGAUGACUAUUCAGCAAAACGCGCAAUUCCCUCUCUCUCUCUCUCCAAGAUUUAAAUUUCGCGGAUGAAUUCCCAUACACUAGUUGCUUAGCAACUAAAUUCAAUCAAUGUUAUAGAAGUAUGCAUCCCUUCUCUUUGUCCCUAAUAAUAAGGGUGCUAGUCUGACAUUCAGACUGAUUUUGUAUGACCCGAGUUAAAGAAAUUCUGUCACUGAGAAGUAGGCUAAAUUUAAUUCAGAAUUAAAAUGUAGAACAUUUUGAGGGGGGAAAUCAGCUCAUGUGUAUGAUUGGUGUAUAAAUAUUUAAAUAUCGAGUUGUUUAUUAAAUUAUUGUUUAUUAAACAGAUUUAGAGGAAUAUCUAAACAACAACAACAACAACAACCAAAAAACAGCAUUUGUGAUGUCCACUGACCCUGUUUCCCUUUAAGUUAGCAGCAUCGCAUAAAUAUAUAAUAUAGCAUUUUAAUUUACUAAAAUAUAUAGCAUUAUACAGUUUAUGGAACACUGGAGCUUUCAGUAUAUACAGGGAGGCCUGGAAUAUGUUCAGCAAGCAGAUGACAUAAACUGCACUAAACUCCAUAGUCUACUGUCACAUGACUUUCGACCCACGUGCUCAGAUCUAUCCACUGCUGAUAAAAUAGUGAAGAACUGCUAUGAACAUUUUUUAACUCCUUUUUUAACUCUUUUUCCGAAACGUUUUACCGCAAAAAUUACUUGGAUUUUAAAAGAAGCUCAAAUGAUUAGUUUUGUAGCAAUAAUGUUGGUCCUUCAUAAAUAUUCGAUCAGUGCUCGUGCACGUGCUGCCACCACGUUUUAGCCCAAAUAACAUUUAUUUCAUUGCAUGAAUGCUUUCUUGACAAACCUUACUAGAGAAACUACAUUGUGUCACUGUCAAAUAUCCUAUAUCUCUUAACAUGAAUUCCAAGUAACAUUAAUAUAUUUGUAUAUUUGUAUAUUUGUAACAGUAGCCUAACAUAGCAUAUAACGUUUGAUAAGAAGCUCCACGCUUCAAUUUCACCAGUGAGUUCAAAAAUAAAAGUCUUGAGAAAUUCAGAAUAUAGUGCCACACGCCAGAAACUUUUCCAGAACUCACAUCGAAAACAACUACAUCACUGAGGAAAAAAUAAAUAAUAAAAUGUAUGGCAUUGCACAGGGAAUUCAGUUUUUGCUCUAUAUUUUGCUAUAGUAUUCUAAAAUGUAUGCUAAUUUGGGGCCAUUAUAACUUAAAUGGCCAACAAAUAAUUUUCAACAGGAUAUCGAAAUUCCAAUUUGAACAUCACACAGAAUAUCCCAAUCAACAGGAUAUUUAAUAUGGAAUCAACAUCGUGUCCAACUGAACAAACGAACACAAACACUUAUUUUGAUCAGUGCUGAAAAAGUAAAUGUUCAUAAUCGUUGAGGUUUCCGCACUUUUUUAUUUCCAGACGAACAUGCCAGACUAUUCGAGUUUCAUUUUGUUGUUUUCAUGUUUCUUUUUGUCUCUUAACCCCUCGUGCUGUGCUCAGUGGGGAGACAUGCUUCAGACCGCCUUUGUUAAUCCAUGUUCUAUUGUCAUUAAUAAGCAGCAGAUAUUGUUGUAUCUUUCAAACAUCUGUAAUAAUCCAAAAUGCAUUUUGGUUAUCUUGGCAGAAUCCUUGUUUUUUGAAUUAGUCAUUUGCCUUUAUUUAUAAAUUGUAUCAAAUUACAGAAUUAUACUUUCCCCGUGAAAUGUUGAAUUUAAAUGAUCUUAUUUGGACUAUUAUUAGUGGUUAAAAAAAAAAAAAAAAAAGUAAAUACUCAAAAUAGUCACUCAACUUUGAACGAAGAAAAGUUAGGAACGCGCAAAUGGUCUUUCACAGAUUUAGGAAUUCUGCGUAAUAAUGCAUUUCUUAUUGUUGUAAUUUACAUAUAUCCAUUUUGCAUAUUCCUUACACAGGGAAAUAGUGUGUGGAAAUAUUAAAGCAAAGAAACCAA